AUGUUUAAAACAAUAAUUAUAAUUCAGUAUAUGUUGAUCUUUCUUGUUAAAUUAAACCAUGGAAAAUCACAUCAAAUUGAGGAAUCAUCAUCUUCUCCAACGGCUAUCUUUAUCAAACCAAAAGCAAAUGUUAUGCGUCAUCUUAAUCCAUUGAAACUUUUAUUUGCUGUGGCUCAUAUUCCACAAAGUUCAAGUUAUUCCAUUGAAUGGAAUUUACCACUUCUAAAAACCAUGUUACUUGAAAGUUCAUAUGUUACAGAUGAAGAUAAAGUUUACUUUAUAACGGAAUUUAUUAAUCAUGCUGAUGAUUAUGCUAACUGGUCAGACGAGAAACGAUAUGAAUUAGAACGAUUUACUGAAAAAUAUUUCAAUAUUUACAAAUCACCAGAUAUGUUUUUACCAUUUGUUGAUUGUCCGGCGUUAACUUAUGGUCUUAUGGAUGAAAUGAUUAAUGAUCUUCAACCAAAUCUUGAUGACCACAAACGAGCAGGAAUACGUGCAAAAGCUGUCGGACGUUUAUGCGAGUCAAAAUAA